AUAAUCUCUUUCAGCGGCAUUUCACAGAUUCUCCUCUGGUUGUCGCUCUCACCUCCUCCCCCCUCUCUACUCUGAAACCCUUCCAAUCAAUUCAUCCAUCCCUUAAUUUUCCUUCUCACAGAAAAGGUAUAAUUUCCCGACCACCUUUAAUUGUUCCGUAAACCCAAUCCUUUUCUACAUAUCUCCGUUUUUCACGGUUCUGAAUAUUUAAUCUCCCCCAUUUAGCGUAUUGGAGCUGUUGAAUCUUUCUCAAAUCGUUGUGUUUUCAUCAGUAAUCCAUUAUCUACCGUGUACAUCUUUCCUUAUUGUGAUUUUGACUCUUCUUUGACCGUUAUCGUUGGAGUGUUUUUCUCAAUUGUUAUUAAAUUUUGAACGAUUGCUAUGUUAGGUUUCGAUAUCCCAAUCUUUUCAGUACAUUUUCGGUAGCUAGGUCUUUAGUUAAUUUUCAUGUGCGUGCUGUGUGAUUUGGGUGCAAUUGACACUUCACCUUAUUUUGAUUAAUUCAGCUUAUUUGGGUGCAAUUGACACUUCACCUUUAGCAGUGAUUUGUUCUAGAAUCGAUAUUCAGUUACAGGACCUCAAGACCAAUGCUUUGCUGAAUCAAAAUUUAUUAUUUAUUUUACUCCGAAGCAUGGAAUCCGAGUUUCAUAAAGUGUUUCUUGUGAGAAGAUACUUAACUUGUAAAUCAAAGCAUUGAAAUCGUGAUGUGACUAGCUAUCUGUUGAGUUUCUUGUAGUUAAUACCAUAGCUUAAUGUAGGUAUGAUUUAUGUCUUAUAUUGAAAACUCUUCCACCAUGAAAGAGUUGUGAUUGCACGAAGAAGUAUAAGGUUCACAUGUCUGAGUUAUUUUACAUACACAUACUCUGGUCAUCUAAAUUACACAGAUCUGACUGUCUGCACUUCAGGAUAUGUUUUGAAUUUUCCAAAAAAAGAAAUUCCCAUUGAAAGUACCAUAUGCUCAUUAAUGCUUCUCUCAAAAGUUUAUGAUUUGCUUAGAUUAGAAUUGUAUGGACUAUGGAGUACCUGUGCUCUGUUGAUUUGACUUCUUUAUAAUUUAUCUUGUUUUUAGUAACAACAAUUGGUCUUAUUGGAACCAAACUUGUAGUGUUUCUUCAGAUAUUCGUACUUUGAUGUUUGACAGACAUGGCUUACACCUUACUUUAACGUUUCAUAACAUUCACUUUUCAUGCCGUUUAAUAUAUGCACUUUUAAGCUCUUGCCUCUUAACCAUCUAUCAGCUGAUGAAGGUCAUAUAUCCUAUCCGUGCAAUCUAUUUGAGAUACUGUGUAUGUUAGUCUACUUGACUAUUUGCUGUUACCAACCCAUUUAUUGGUCAGAUAAAUCAUUGUAAUCUGCACUCAAACACGGGCAUGUAAUACUUCCCUGAAUGAGCUUUUAGUAUUUAUGAUUGGUUGAUGUGUGACACUGUACUCGAAAUGCUUGAACAAAAAAAUAAUUCCCAAACUUUAUCAUUGGAAUUUGGAAGUACUUAGUAUAUUUCUGCUAGAAGAUACCCUCAUGUUUCUUAUAUUGUCUCUAUGCUUCAUAGCUGUCUACGAAGUGUGUUCCUGUAUUAUACCUUUAGGAACCAUGAUUAGGUUGUUCAAAGUAAAGGAAAAACAGAGAGAACUUGCAGAAAGUGCUAAUGGGAAGCCUCCAGUGAAGAAACAAAGUGCUGGAGAACUACGUCUUCAAAAAGACAUCAGUGAACUGAACCUACCAAAAACCUGUACCUUUUCAUUCCCUAAUGGCAAGGACGAGCUAAUGACUUUUGAAGUUACCAUUCGUCCUGAUGAAGGAUAUUAUCUGAGUGGAACUUUUGUUUUCUCAUUUCAAAUUUCACCCAUCUAUCCGCAUGAGGCACCAAAGGUAAAAUGCAAGACAAAGGUAUACCAUCCCAAUAUUGACUUGGAUGGAAACGUCUGUCUAAACAUUCUUCGAGAAGAUUGGAAACCUGUCCUUAACAUAAACACCAUCAUUUACGGGUUGUAUCACCUUUUCACGGAACCCAAUCACGAGGAUCCGCUCAAUCAUGAUGCUGCUGCUGUGUUGAGAGACAACCCGAAAAUGUUUGAAUCUAAUGCUAGGAGAGCAAUGGCUGGUGGCUAUGUUGGACAAACAUUCUUCCCUCGCUGCAUAUAGUAUGUGAAGUUUCCAGCAUUUAUGUGGAUUUGGAAGAUAUGGAUAUUGAACUAGUUGAGCUAUGGUAUGAUUAUGUGGCAAGUAAAUUGUGCUGUAUCAUAUUAGUCUGUGAAAUUAUAAGAUGUUUGUUUAUGUCUGGUUUCGAUUAAAGAUGGGCGAAACAUGUCAUACAGGUACUCAUGAUUGUGCACAUUAUCUGAUCAAGUACACCAGGUUUUAUUUGAA